AUGUCUCGACGACUGUACCUGGAAACGACGACAAGCGGUAAACAACAGAUUGUAUCCAUCAAACGCUCCCGCUCCCAUGGCCACCGCCACCGCGUCGACCACGAAUACUUCAAGGUCAGCAUUGCGGAAUGGGACGGCCUAAAGGAGCGGGAGCGAUGUCUCGAAGACAACAACAGGCACCUGGUCUCGGAGAUUAGUUCUCUGAAAGCCAGUCUGGCGACGGCCCAGGGGGACGCACAUCACCUCCGGCAGGUCCUUGUACCUCAACUGCAGCAGCAGAUGCACCUUCUCAGCGUCGACAACGAUUCUCUGCGAAAGACGGUGGACAACGCAAGCCGCAACGAGGAAAGGCAUAGUCGAGAUGCGGAGAAGCUCAAGGACACUAUUGAUAAACUGGAGAAUGAAAAGAGGGCUCUCAAGGAUGAGAACCACAGCCUCAAGAGCAAGAUCAAACAGCUGCAGCAAGAAGUUGAGUCGGGCAGCGGCAGCGGCAGACGAACGUCGGACGUGAUUCGCGAAGCAGAAUAUUGGCGCAAGGAAUACCGAUACUGGAAAGAUAUGUAUGAAGAUGUCAAACGCAACUAUGACGACAGUUGCCUCACAUUGCGUAUCCGAACGGAGAAGAUGAGGGCAUACGAAGAGAUUUUGAAGCGUAGGCGAAUAAUCUGA